AUGACUGAUCUAGUUAAUGAUAAUUUUGAAGAUGGUGAAGGAGAAUUAGCUAUAGUUUUUGGGGAUUUCCAUAUCCCAGGAAAAAUUCAUGAAAUUCCUUAAUAAUUUAAAGAAUUAAUUACUCCGAAUAAAGUUUAAUAUGUGAUAUGCACAGGUAAUGUAGGGAAAUCGAAAGAAACUUAUAGUUGGAUUAAAAGCUUAGCAUAAGUAAUAUAUAUGGUAAAAGGUGAUUAAGAUGAUGUCGUUCCUUGGGGGACUGAAGAAGGAAUUUAUAAUUAAUUAAGAGAAUAUGAUUCUGAUAUUUUUAUUAGUGGAUAUACACAUGAAUAUAAAACAAAUAAAUAUGAAUAAAAGCAUUUUCUUAAUCCUGGGUCUAUUACAGGAGUAUUCAGUCCUCUAAAAAAAGAUCCUUUACCUUCUUUUAUGGUUUUGGAAAUUAAAGAAAAAUAAGUUGAUGUUUAUUUUUAUUAACUUUAAAAUAACGAAGUUAAAAUAAAGAAAACUAGUAUUUUUAAAUGA